GAGCCCCGAGAGCCCCGCGGGCAGCAAGGGGAAGCGAUGCUGAUGCUGGACUGCAGCUCCGAGUCUGGUAGUUUCAGCAACCUAUUUGAGACGGGAACCGCUGUGAAUGCACCUGCAGAUGCCUCUGGUCAAUCUCCAGCUCACUUGGCUGCUUGUGGUGGUGAAGCUUUUUUCCUACUUUGGCAACUGCAGACAGGAGCAAAUUUGAACCAACAGGAUUGCCUUGGAGAAGCCCCAAUACAUAAAGCAGCAAAAGCUGGGAGUCUGGAAUGUCUUGCUCUCCUUGUUGCUGGUGAUGCUAAAAUUGACUUGUGCAACAACAGUGGACAGACAGCAGCAGACCUUGCACUGGAUUAUGGCUUUCUGGAAUGUGCCAAGUUCCUCAGGACAAUUCAGCACACUCAGACAAUGAAACUGAGAGGACAGUCUGGAUACUCGCUAAGUGACAGACAUGGCUUGCAGAGAGAGGAUCCAACUGCACAGAAACAAGAAAGUGAAACCAGCAGAUCCAUAAACAGGAAGAGGAGAAGAUCAGAUGGUGUGUAA